CAAGCUCUCUGAGGAGCCUCUACUGAUGGAAAAAUACAUGCGGAUCGUAUGCUCAAAAAUAGAUGAAGCAUUGAAGGAAUCCAGCUGGAAAGAAGUAGAGUUAGUUGCCCAGAAGGUCCUAUUUGCCAAAUAUGUAUGGCAACAAAGUGAAUAGUAGUCUGUGUUCUGAUUUUGACGGAGAGUUCAACGGUGCAUUACGCUUUUCGUCGAUCGUAAGCUUGGACGCAAGACGAAAUAUGAUCAAAGAAUUCUAAGAAUUUGCCGAUUUCCUCAUCUUCUUCAGGGGUGUUUAUGCGCGAUGGACCUAAACAUUAUUGCCUCAGAUCGGUUGUUCAAUCAACGAAGUGUUUGAUAGACUGUUCCAUCACGUUCAUAGUGGAUAAAAUUUAUUUGUGCGGUGGGCGUGCAAGUGCCUUUGCAAAUCGUCAUGAGACUUUGUUUUGAACACGCUUUACAAAAUAGAAUUUGAUCUAUAAAAAUUUCUACACUUUUCUCUCUACAUUGAUAAAAUACAUAAAAAAGAACACACUUUUGUUAUUUGUUCUGUAUAUUGUGGCACACACUUUUGUUCUUUAUUAAAAACAUAUAUGUAUAUAUAUGUGUAACAAAUAUUCUAUUACACAUAUACACAUAAUACAUAUUAAUAUAAGCUCUAUCACAUUCAUUAAAUCUCUUCAAAAAAACAUCAAACUUCGCUGAGAGCUGUCAGAAAGAGGGGAGAGAAAAAAUACGAGACGUCCGUUAAGUGUAGAAAAUAUAUAAGAAUAAGAAGUGUAGUUACGGGAGAUUUGCAAAUCUCAACUUCUUUCAUUUCAAUUAGAUAGCGUUCAGUGUUUCGCAUUAUGGUCAGUGAUGAAGGAUCGAGCCCGCAACAACGAUCGUCACGGACGACGAUUCUUGCUUGUGUGCGUGUCCCCACCGCUUCAAUACUCUCGUUGCUGCGGGCCAAAGAUGUUAGUUUUGAGACGUUUGCAGCAUGCUAUAGCGAUGGAAGGGAUGUGCACAAAGCAGCGAGUAAAUGCUUGCUGAUGUGCGCAUCCCCCACUUGCUGCUGCAUGCUGCAAGCGUAUCAGAACUGACAUCUCUGCUGCGGGCUCGAUCUUUCGUUACUAAUUAUGACCACGUGGUUUGUUGCGAGUUUGUCAACCGCAAUAUAACCGUAUUUUCUCAUUGUAGCACUGUUUUGAAGACGAAAGCGCAAAUAAUUUCCGCGGUGUUUAAGAGGCUCUACGAUUCUUCGGCACUCAAAGGAACGUGUUUCUGCCUGGCCAAUCUAUGUAUGUGUUGCGCAUUGUAUUUAUAACAAUAAUUCGAGCAGUCCGAAAAAAGUUGAGAAGUUUUUGUAUACAUAUCGUAAACUCACCGUGUUGACAAGAUGGAUCCACUGUGCGACUGGCAGACGAAAGUGCAAAAUGUUAUAAAACGCUCUGAGUUUCUUUUCGGAACUGGAUUGUGGUCAGAUUGUCAGUUUAUUGUAGGACAAGAAUCCCAGCAGCAAAUAUUCAAAGGUCACAAGGUAUUCUUAGCAAUGACCAGUCCAGUAUUUGAGGCUAUGUUCUUUGGUAGCAUGGCUGAAAAGAAUGAUCCAAUACCAAUAACGGAUGUUCAGCCUAGAGCAUUCAGAGCUUUGUUGGAAUAUAUAUAUACAAACGAAGUGAAGCUGUGGUCAGUUGGAUUGGCUUGUGAUUUAUAUUACUGUGCUAAAAAGUACAUGAUACCAUUCUUAGUGAAACAAUCCAAGGACUUUCUGUUGUUACAACUCUCGUCACAGAACACUUGCAAGAUAUAUGAACAUGCUAAGCUGUGUGAGGAUCAUCUACUGAUGAAAAAAUGCAUGCAUAUCAUACGCUCAAGAACAGAUGAAGUAUUGAAUGAAUCCAGCUGGGAAGAUGUAGAGUUAGAUACAGUCCUCACAGUGUUGGAACAGAACAAUUUGAAACUAAGUUCAGAAUUAAAUUUAUUUAAUGCUGUGGAACGAUGGGCAAAGUCAGAAUGUAGGAGAAAAAAUCUUGAUCCAAAAAAUGGGAGUUCAUUGAAGUCUGUUAUUGGAAAUGCACUCUCUAAGAUCAGAUUUUUGGAUUUAAAUGUACAUGAAUUUGCAAAUGGUCCUGCUAUAUCUCCUUUACUCACACAGAACGAAUCGUUUGCUAUUAUAAUGAAUAUAUGUUCUAACAAAAAAAUACCCAUGCCCGAAGGUUUUUCUACUAACAUAAAUAGUAGGUGGAACUCUACAAUACGUCGUAUUAAUUGUGAUAACUGUACUUGUCAGUGUAAAAGAUGUUACUUUAAUAGGACAGGGCAUAUAUAUGAUUCUGAUAGUUAACUAAAUAACUUUUUCGUACUGUACUUUUAAUAUGCACAGUAGCCAACAGUUCGACUUUGUAAAGCACUUAUUCUUAUCUUUUAUUGUUAUGUUAAUCUUUUUCUAUCAUAUUUUCUAUUGUUCUUCUAAUCAUGCAUGUUUCUGUCUUUAUAUAACUUUUAUAUUUGCUUAAUAAAUUUUUUUUUACACGUUAAUUGUAAUACGUCACUUUAUUUUGCAACCAUCCUCAUUCGAUAGAGCUUAGCAAUCAAACAAUGUAUCGAUUUUAUUUCUACUGCACGAAAUGCUAAUUUUUUGUCGUAAUAGAUACAACCUAUAGAUAUAACUAUUAUAAUAAAUAUAAUAGACAUUAAACACACUUGUAUAUUUUCUAACAAAGUAAGUUGUAUCAACUAGUGUGUAGUUUCUCAUUGGAUUU